AUCUUCGUCGGCCAGCUCCGUCGCACGCACAUGUCCCCACUGUGUCACUAGCGGCGCGCGCGCACGCUACCUCCGCCGCACUGCUGCACUCCACGGAACAUUACGUGAAUUCGAUAAUAUUUGGACAUUAAAUAAUUUACGGAGUAGUGAGUGAUGUCGAAACCUGAGGGUGUGAUGGAGAAGUCGGAGGAGAAGUUCACGGGCAGCGCGGGUGUGGACAUGGAGCGGCUGAUGAAGGAACUGGGGCAGGCGCGGCGGUUCCACCUCGGGAACUACGUGCUGCUGGCGCUCACAGUGUUCGUGGCCGCGCUCUACGCCACCAACUACGUGUUCCUGGCGGCAGACGUGCCAUACAGGUGCGUGGUCCCGGAGUGCGAGGCGUCGAACAGCAGCGAGUACUCGCCGGGCUGGCUGGCGGCGGCGCUGCCCCCGGGGAACAUCGAGUCACGCUGCUCCCGCCGCGCGCCGCUCGACCCACAGCUGCCCUGCCAGGAGGGUACCGCUUUCGCACACGAGGUCACCACCUGCGACCAUUGGCUGUAUCAGGCCAACAAUACCAUAGUAUCAGAGUUCAAUUUGGCCUGUCAAGAGUGGAAGCGCACCCUGGUGGGCACGGUGCACAACAUCGGCAUGUUGAUUUCGCUGCCUAUCUUCGGUUAUAUUUCUGACCGAUGGGGCAGAAAGCGGGCCUUGAUAUUGAGCAGCACGCUGGUGGGAGCCAUCGGCUCCUUGAAGGCAUUCUCCAUCUCGUACGAGAUGUACAUCACGGUGGAACUGCUGGAGACCAUCGCUGGGGCCAGCGUGUUCCCCGCCGCGUACAUCUUGACGAUCGAGUUACUCGGCCAGGACAAACGAGUGCUCACCACCGCCUUCCUAGGCAUCAUGCUGGUGCUGGGCGGACUGGCUUUUGCUCUCCUUGCUAAAGCCUUCCAGUACUGGCGUACAUUCAUCCUCGUAGCGUACCCUCCGUCUCUGCUAUUCAUUCUGUACAUAUACUUGUUGCCGGAGAGCAUCAGGUGGUUGCUAUCAAAAGGAAGGAAAGAAGAAGCUGUAGAAAUUAUAAUGAAUGCCGCGAAAAUGAACAAAGUAACUCUGUCAGACGAGACAAUGAAGCAGCUGACCGAGGAGAAAGUGAAGCCGGUGGAGAAGAAAGAUGAGAAACCUGAGGAAGGGUUGUGGAUACAAGUGUUCCACUCGCCGAUCAUCAUGACUCGGCUGGCCAUCUGCUCGUGGUGGUGGAUCACGUGCACGUUCGUGUUCUACGGGCUGGCCAUCAACUCGGUGUCGCUGGCGGGCGACAAGUACACCAACUACAUGCUGGUGGUCAGCGUCGAGGUCAUCGCCGUCGUCACCAACGCGCUCGUGCUCGACCGCAUCGGGAGGAAGCGCACUCUACUCAGCGCGUACACCGUCUGCGGGAUAGCCUGCGUCGCUAUACCUUUUGUACCCAAAACGAUGGCGUGGCUGGCGACGCUACUGUACCUGCUGGGCAAGGUGGCCAUCACGCAGGCCUUCAGCGGGGUCUACAUGUACACGUCGGAGCUGUUCCCCACGCAUGCGCGACACUCGCUGCUCGGCUUCUGCUCCAUGGUCGGCAGGAUAGGAUCCAUUGUUGCGCCACAGAUGCCGCUGCUGGCGAUCUACGUGGAGUGGCUGCCGUCGGUGCUGUUCGGCGCGGCGGCGCUGGUGGCGGGCGCGCUCAUGCUGACCACGCCGGAGACGCUGAACACACGGCUCCCGGACACCAUCCGCGAGGCCGAGCUCAUCUCCCGCAAACCAGAGCCGCUGCCGCCCAAGGAACAACACCAGAUGACCACCAGACCUUGACCACACGUACAUGACACGCCUCGGUCCUAACGAGCAUUGUACAUUUCUGUCGCCAUAAUAUGAAUUAAAAUACUUCAGACGAACAUUUUGAAAAUUACAAUAUCCGAACCUACCGAACUAUUUAAUGAGUAUCAUGAACGUCAAGUUUCAUGGUAAUAAGUUUACUGUAGUCGAUACGUGAGCAGCUUGUAACUAUGGAGCAAGUUAAAUUAUUCUAUUUACUGUAAAUACGUGUGCAGAAGAUAACUUUAUACCUAACAUAGGGCCACUAGCGACACCACGCGCGAGUGUAUUUAUAAAUAUUUUAUGUGAUAAUUUUACAGAGUACGUGCCUCCAUACAGUAGUCACAUAUAAAACACAACCAUUUUAUACAUAGUUGAACUGUAAGUUAUUGUAGCUGUACUACUUCGCCAACACAGCCGCUAGAUGUCGCGAGU